AUGCAGUUCUCUAAGAUUGUGGCUUUGGCCCUUGCCGUAAUCCCCGCCUCUUUCGCAGCUCCAGUUGAUAAACAGCCAUUGGCAACAAUUUACAAACUAGCCAAUUUUGAGGGAUAUAUGCAAGCCGUCGAAAAGCCGGAGAUCUGCUCUUACAUGAUCCCAGAUCACAACAACCCUAUCGGAUCCUUGAAGGUUGCUGCGGGUACCACUUGUCAGCUCUAUGCAACCCGCGGCUGCGGUGGAGACCCAGUAAGCGAAGCCACUUCUGACCGAGAAGACCUUGUAAAGGAGGGUAUUGUGGCCUAUGCUGUUACUUGCUCUUGA